AUGACUUCAGCAUUUGCAGUUAUGAAUCAAUGCGUUUCGUGUCGUAAGACUGACGGUAUAUCACCAUGCGAUGGAUGUAGAAAAUCCUUCUGUAAUCAUCAUAUUGCUGAACAUCGACAACAGCUGAAAAAUCAAUUGGAUACUCUCAUUCAAGAACAUGACCGUCUCCGACAAGAUGUUAACGGCCGUUCAAUUCAUCAUUCGGUUUACGACCAGAUCGACAAAUGGGAAAAACAAGCUAUUGCUAGGAUUCAAGCAGUAGCUCAAAAGACUCGAGAAGAUUUACAACAGACUUUGCAAAAAUCUAAUGAACAAUUGACAAGCGUAUCUCAAGGGAUGACAACUAGAUUGCGCAGUGUACGUGCAGACGACAAGUUCACCGAAAUUGAAUUAGAUCGAUGGACAAAACAACUAAAUGCCCUGAAAUCGCAUAUGAAAUUUGAGGCAAAUAUUUACGUCCCUGAAGAAAGUACUUCUGCUAUUCAUUUCAUUAGAAUAAAACAAAAUGAUACUGACAAGACUUCUACAGCGAGUGCAAGAGCGUCAACAUCGAACCAUCGAGAACGAUUCGCAGAUAUCAAUGGUCUAGCAAAACUAGAAGAUGGAGGUGCUUGUGUAAGGCAUACAGAUGCAGACUCAAAAUUUAUUUAUACGCGUGGUGAACGUUUAUAUUCAGAAGGUCGGCAUGUGGUGAGAUUUCGUAUUGAAAAUGGUUCUGCAUCUUACAACGUUUUUAUCGGUAUUUGUUCCUCUAACGUUGGUUUUCGACAAAUUAUAUACAACCUGGCGGUUGUGGCUGGUUGGUUUAGCAAUAGUGAAGUAUGGGUACAUGGGAAAAGUAAAACUAAUUCAAAAGUGAAAGAAGCCGAACAAGAUGAUUUGAGAGCGAACGAUGUUUUACAACUGACAAUCGAUUGUGAUAGGAAACAGUUGGAAUUAUUUCAUGAACGAACGAAUAAGAAUCAAAUUCUCAAUGUUAAUCUAGAGAAAGCACCUCUUCCAUGGCAUGUUCUUCUAGCACUGCGUCGUCAAAAUGAUUGCGUACGAAUCUUGUCGGAUACUUAA